AUGGCUCAGCUGCUCUCAUAUUUCAUAAUUCUCAUCAUCAUGCUCUCUUUUAUUUCAUGUUAUAGCACUUUGCAAGAGGACCCACUUCGUCAUUAUAAUUCUGAUCAAGAAUCUGGGUAUGAUUCUCAAGCGUAUCCUUCCUACUUGAGCACCAUUGACGACGGUGCGUUUAAGAACUUGAUCCAGCAAAGAAAUGAUGUCUUAAGUUUGAGGAAGUUUGAUAGAGUCGGCAGCAUUUCAAGUUCGGGUAAAACAGUUAAUGUUAACAACUAUGGAGCUAAAGGUGAUGGCUCUGAUGACGAUACAGAGGCAUUUAAGAAGGCUUGGGAGGUAGCUUGUUCAUCUAAUGGAGCUGUUCUAGUAGUGGUGCCUCAGAAAAACUAUCGUCUUAAGCCAAUUAGAUUCUCAGGUCCUUGCAAAUCUGAUAUUACGAUGCAGAUUUCUGGAACCAUAGAAGCAUCUGAUGAUCGAUCAGACUACAGCCAAGAAGGCAGACACUGGCUAAUCUUUGAUAGUGUUCAAAAUUUAGUAGUUGAAGGUGGUGGAACCAUCAAUGGCAAUGGAAAGAUAUGGUGGCAAAAUUCAUGCAAAAUCAAUAAAGCUCUGCCUUGCAAGGAUGCACCAACGGCACUGACCUUCUACAACUGCAAGAAUUUGAUUGUGAAGAACUUGAAGAUCAAUGACGCACAACAAAUUCACAUUUCUUUCGAAAAAUGCAUGAAUGUUCAAGCUUCCCAUUUGACAGUAACUGCUCCAGAGAAUAGCCCCAACACUGAUGGGAUUCAUGUCACAGACACUCAAAACAUCCAGAUUUCAAGUUGUGUUAUAGCAACAGGUGAUGAUUGUAUUUCAAUUGUAAGUGGAUCCCAAAAGCUGCAAGCCACAGACAUAACCUGUGGACCAGGUCAUGGAAUCAGUAUUGGAAGCUUGGGCUCUGGAAAUUCGGAAGCUUAUGUAUCAGGAGUAACUGUGAAUGGAGCUAAGUUUUCAGGAACCACAAAUGGAGUGAGGAUCAAGACAUGGCAGGGAGGGUCAGGAAGUGCAAGCAACAUCAAAUUUCAGAACAUUGUGAUGCAAAAUGUGGCCAAUCCGAUAAUAAUCGACCAAAACUACUGUGACCAAAACAAACCAUGCAAAGAACAGGGCAGAGCAGUUCAAGUGAAAAAUGUGAUUUUCCAGAACAUUCAAGGGACAAGCUCUUCUGACGUGGCCAUAAACCUCGACUGCAGCAAGAGCUUUCCAUGUCAGGGGAUUUUGUUGCAAAACGUUAACCUAAAAGGCCAAGGAGGGGAAACAGCCAAAGCUUUAUGCAAUAAUGUGAACUUGGCUAGCAUGGGAGUUAUUUCCCCACGUUGCUCUUGA